UCAAUCUUAGCAAGCAACAUCCCUCCAGCUGUCUCAAAGGAUAAAGUUCAUGAAUUCUUUUCAUUCUGUGGUAAGAUUGAUCGUAUUGAAAACUAUGAUCUAAGUGCUCAAGAAAACGAAAAAGCUUAUCAAGUCUUUUUUGCAAAUGAAUCUGCAGUCUCCACUGCCCUUUUAUUAAACGGUGCUGAAUUGGGUGGUGCCCAAGUUAAAGUCCUACCUUUUAAUGAUGGUAGAAACCCAACUGCUAAUGACCCUCCAGCUUAUGAUGAACCUUUAUCUAAUAAGCAAUCCCAAUUGAACCCGGUUAAAGGUCCUUCAGACUCUGCAAAAGAGCACAUAUUGGGUGCCCCAGGUGCUGGUUCUGAUGAUAUUGAACAAGAGUCAAAACCAAAAUCUGCAAUCUUUGCUGAAUAUUUAUCCCAUGGUUAUAUAAUUGGUGAUCAAUUGAUUGAUCGUGCAGUGGAUUAUGAUAAACAAAAUGGUUAUUCUGAUAAAUUUAAAAGUUUUUUAAAAGAUUUGGAUGAUAAAUAUCAAAUUCAAAGUACUCAACAAUCAAUUGAUCAAAAAUAUAAAAUUAGUGAGAAUUUGAAUAAAUAUUUUGAAAAAGCUUUGAAUACUGAUGUUGGUCAUAAAUUACAUGGGUUUUAUACAAAUGUGGUUGCGGAAUCAAAAGAUGUCCAUAAUGAAGCUAAAAGAUUGGCUGAAUUGAAGAAACAAAAUGCAGGUGCAGGUACAACAACAUCAACCACU